UAAAAUCUUCUUCUGCAACCUCAACUGUCUCUUGCUCCAGUUCCUUCUCUACCACCAUUACCGAAUAGUAUCUCUAAACACACCUCAAAGUUUACUAAGCCAACCCCAAAACCGCAUGACAGAGUUACUCAUGCUAAGCUCAGCUAUGGAGCUUGAGCUCGACCUCGACCUCGACCUCUCCGGCUGCAGCACUGAAACCACAAGCACGACCAACACGGCCAUUUCCCCAGACCAGUGGUACGAUUGGUCUCCGGUAGUCGACUGGGAGUCUCUCGCUCCGAUUGACCAGCUCGCCGGCGGUGGAGACUUUCACGAGCUGAUCGAGUCGAUGAUGGAGGGCCGAGACGGCUGCGAGAUGGACUCGCCGUCGUCCGAGACCAUUGAGGAAGCGUCAAACUCGUGUUACACCACGACGUCGUCGCAGUCGACGGACGUGACGAUGCUGGAGGAAGGCGUGGCAUCGAACGGCGAGGAUUCGAAGGGGCUGAGAUUGGUGCAUCUGUUGAUGGCGGCGGCGGAGGCGCUGACUGGCGCCAACAAGAGCAGAGAUCUGGCUCGGGUGAUAUUGGUUCGGCUCAAGGAGUUGGUCUCCCCAACUGACGGUACUAACAUGGAGAGGCUGGCGGCGUAUUUUACCGAGGCGCUUCAGGGUUUGCUAGAAGGCGCCGGAGGUGUCAGCCACUCCAAGCAUUUGUUUGGAAAUGGGUCCCACCGCGAGCACGGUCACCAUCCGACGACGGACGUGAUGGCGGCGUUUCAGCUACUUCAGGACAUGUCGCCCUAUGUCAAGUUUGGGCACUUCACGGCCAAUCAGGCCAUUUUGGAGGCUGUGGCCCAUGACAGGAGGGUCCACAUAGUGGACUAUGACAUCAUGGAGGGAAUCCAAUGGGCCUCCUUGAUGCAGGCCUUGGUGUCCAGGAAGGAUGGCCCACCGACCCCACAUCUUAGGAUCACUGCUUUGUCGCGAGGCGGGAGCUGCCGGAGGUCGAUAGGGACCGUCCAAGAGACCGGUCGUCGUCUCACGGCGUUUGCCACGUCCAUUGGUCAACCGUUUUCGUUUCAUCAAUGUAGGUUGGAUUCGGACGAGACAUUUCGACCGUCUGCUCUAAAGUUGGUUAAGGGCGAGGCCUUGGUAAUAAACUGCAUGCUGAACCUUCCACACUUUAGUUAUCGAUCCCCGGAUUCGAUUGCUUCCUUUUUAUCUGGAGCGAAAACCCUAAACCCGAGACUGGUAACUUUGGUUGAAGAAGAGGUUAGGCCUGCCAGAGACGGUGGCUUUGUGGCCCGCUUCAUGGACUCAUUGUAUCACUACUCGGCUGUCUACGACUCGCUCGAGGCCGGCUUCCCAAUGCAGAGCCGGGCUCGAGAAUUAGUGGAGAGAGUGUUCUUGGGACCCCGAAUAGCUGGGUCGUUGGCUCGUAUCUAUCGGGCUCAAGGAGAGGUAGGCUGCUCUUGGUGGGAGUGGUUAGGUGCGAUAGGGUUUAAGCCAAUGCCAAUAAGCUUUGCCAAUCAUUGUCAGGCAAAGCUUUUGUUGGGUCUUUUUAAUGACGGUUAUAGGGUGGAGGAGGUGGCAAAUCAUAGGUUGGUUUUAGGUUGGAAAUCACGGUCCUUACUAUCAGCUUCUAUUUGGACUUCACCCCCACAAUCUGAUUUUGCUGAUUAGUUUCAAGUUUCACCGGCCUUUUUCACGCCCUUUUUCUCUUCUCCUCCUCACCUAGACAAACCAAUUAAUUCUCAGUCCCCAGAUCGAGCAUGGUUUCCAGUUUGUAACUUAUCAGAGGAUUUUCAACCAAUUGUUGGUCAAGAUUGUAACCAGACAACUUGGGAUUUCGUUUCAAGCCAUUGCAGUUUAGCUGUUUUAUGUGUUGUGUCUCCCUCAUUGUGUUUAGGACUUUUCAAGUUUCAAGAAAAAUAAAGGUG